AUGUCUGAGGUGCAAUCAAGGCCGUCUGCCUCGCGUGGGCGCGGCUCAGCGCGUGGUGGACGGGGUGGCCACAUCUCCAGAGGCGGCCGGGGCGGCGCCAGGUCGACAGCGGCAGCGAAGCCUGCUGCGGCCAGCCAGGAGACCGCUGCUGAUACCUCGCAUGAAGACGAAGGAGAGAUUGGCCAGCUGAAGAAGAAGUAUGCCGCCAGUCUGUCGACGAUAAAGGAGCUCUUCGCAGACUGGACGGAUGAGGACUUGGUUUUUGCCCUCGAGGACGCCAACGGUGAUCUGGAAGUGGCCAUUGAACGCAUCACAGAAGGAAACGUCUCCCAGUGGGGUGAGGUAAAGAAAAAGAGCUCUGAUCGCACCCGGCAAAAGGCCUCGUCCAAGGAUGCUGCCCAACAUAUUAGCGGAGACCAGAACAUCCCCCCAUCAAGACCAGGACGCGGACGCGGAGGCUUUGACCAGCGUGGCCGUGGCCGUGGAGACCGCGGCCGUGGUGGCCGUGGUGGACGAGCUGGUUCCCAUGCGGUUCAAUCUUCUCAGGCCAACGGCACUACUUCGAACCUGACUCCUGUGGAUGGCUGGGAUUCUAAUCUAGCAGUAGAGCCCCCGGCGGGCGUCGAGACCUCUGCUGUCGAAUCCAAGCCUCAGCCGGAAUGGAAUACUGUCCAGGAGACUCCCAAGGUUGCCGUAGAGCAGUCGACUCAGAAGAGCAGUCUGAUUCCUGAAGGCUCGAAGCGAGGUUGGGCCAGCUUGUUUGCGAAGCCAGCUCCGGAACCCGUCAAGGAACCCCCAUUGCCCACUGCCCCAAGUGCACCUGAGAAGCCCGCCGAAGCUCCUGUGGAGCCCAGUAUCCCCGAACCAGCCCCUACUGCCGCACCUGAACCAGAACUUCUCCCUAAUGACCAACAACAAGAAAAUGCCGAACAACAACAACAACAACAGCCACCAGCAGCUCCCGCGCAACCACAAAUACCAGUACCAGUACCAAAACCAGUCGAACAGCCCAGACCUGUCAUCCCACAACAACCACCAGCUCCUCCAUCUGUAUCUGUCCCUGCCGAACCUGAAGCCCCUGCUCAACCUGACACUGAAUCUCCUGCUGACAUCGAAAAGGAAUCUGUCCCUCAACAGAAGCAACAGCAACAGCAACAGCAACAGCCUCAAGCUCGUACUCCCGCUACCUCCUAUGCUUAUCCCAAGGGUCCUGCGGCCGGUACCGCUCGCGGACCAAACUUCCAGCGCCGUGUUAUGGAACAGCAAGAACCCGUUGUUAUGCCCGGAAACCACGCCGUGGACCGUGCCACUGUCCAGUUUGGCAGCAUGGGCCUGAACGGAUCCACUAAUGAUGUUAACAUUGAUGAAGAACGAGAAGAACCAGAAACCCGCCCCCAGCCUCCUCAGCACUCCCCCGUUGCUCCCCGUGCCUCUCUCCCUCCCACAACCAGACCCGUUGCCGUCCCUGAAACCACCGCCACUGUCCCCCGACCCGCCCCGGGCCUCCCCCCAGCCCCUGUUGCCUCUGCUGACACUCAAUUCAACGACUUCUCCCGGUAUGGUGAUGCUCAAAAGCCAUACGAUAUCUUCAACCAACAGGCCGAUCAACAGGCCCAGCAACCACAGAGCCAGGAACCAUUCUCCAACCAAGGAAUUCCAUCCCAACCUGCUGCCGUCACGACUGCUGCCGACUACUCUGCCUUCUACGGAGCUGACCAGUCCCGCAACCCAUACUACUACAGUGCAUAUGGCCAACCUCAGGAUCCUGCCGCCAGCCAGCGUGUCGGUGCCGGAUUUGCUGCCAGUGGAGCGGAAUUACAGCCUCAAGUUCCCGCCUCACAACCUCCAGGCCGUUAUGCGCAUGCUGAAGCUCCUAACAGUGGUCAGAACACUCCCCAGCCCGUUGUCCCCGGCCAAGUACAAUCUGCCCAGCAGCCAUCACACCACAUGCCCCAGAGCCAGGGAGCGCAUGCUGGAUUUAACUACGGCUAUCCUUACUACACUAACCCUCACUACCCCAACGCAUACAUGAACCAAAUGACUCAGCAUCAGCAACACCAGUACGGCCGCAACCGUCCAAUGUAUGAUGAUGCUCGCCGAUAUGAGGAGCAGCAGCAGCAGCAACAGCAGCAGCAGCAGCAGCAUUACCUUCCUCACCAAUCCCAGUACGCUUACGGCACCCAGUACGCCCCUUAUGGCAAAGGUGGAAUGUACAGCCAACAGCCUCAGCAACACGGAUUCGGCUAUGAGUCUUCCCCAGCCAACACCGCUGCCUUUAACCAGUCGGCUGCUCCCCAGCGUGACACCGCUACAUACGGGCGAGCUGGCUCCGCUCAGCCUGCCGAUGGUCAACAGCAACAGUCCACCGGGGCCAAUGCAUUCAGCGGCAUUCCCGAUGUCUUUGGUCGAACCCAGUCCGGCUUUGGCCAGAACCAGACUAUCCCUUCUCAGCAGGCAACCAGCGCUGACGAGACAGGCAGUUCCAAAGCUUACGAUUCCUCGAAGACUGGUGGCCCAUCCCCAUCCGUCUCACAGGUCAACCGUCCUGGCUCUGCAGCUAACAAUGCACCGCACCAGCCCGCCACCACCGGACAGUCUGGUCUGCCCCCUGUCCCCGCUGCCCAGCAAGCCAACCAGCAAGCUUUUGGCGGUUACCCUCACCUCAACCAGCAGUAUGGCGGUCUAGGAGGUCUUGGUGCCCACCAAGCUGGUACCACUCACCAGGCCACCGCAUACAACAACUACGGUGCUGGAUUUGGCAGCAACUACUACGGCAACAAUGGCCGCGGCGGUGGUUGGGGUGGAAACUAUGGCCACUAA